AUGCCCGUCGACUACAACGGACGCUGGGAGAUGGUGAGCAACGAGAACUUCGAGGACACCAUGAAGGCCCUCGACAUCGACUUCGCCACCAGAAAGAUCGCCGCCCACCUCCACCAGACGAAGAUGAUCGUGCAGAACGGCGACGUCUUCGAGACGAAGACCCUGAGCACCUUCAGGAACGACGAGGUCAACUUCACCGUGGGGGAGGAGUUCGAGGAGCACACCAAGGGCCUGGACAACCGGAAAUGUCAGACGCUGGUCACGUGGGACGGGGACAAGCUGGUGUGCGUUCAGAAGGGGGAGAAGGCCAAUCGCGGCUGGAAGCAUUGGAUCGAUGGAGACCUGCAGCUCCACCUGGAAAUCACCGUGCUCGACAAAGUCUGCCACCAAGUAUUUAAGAAGGCCUGAAAAAAAGGAGACGGAGGAGAACCU